AUGAAAAAUAUUAAUAAGCAUAAAAGUAAUGACAACACUGAGGAAGAAAAUGUAAUAAGAUCAUUAGGACACAAUGCAUUAGUUGAAUUACUAAAUAAUAACAAUAAUGAAAUAGAAAAUGAAUGUGAAAAUGAAUUACAUAAAAGUGAAGACAAUGUUAACGAAAUAAAUUUAUUUGAAAUAAGUAAUUGUGUAGAAAAUGAAUCAAAUGAUAAAAAAAGGAAUAUCAAAUGUUCAUCAACAAAAUUAUUGAAGAAGUUUUCAUAUAACAAUCUAAAUGAAAAUAAAAUAGAUAUAUUAAAUUAUGAUAAUAAUUUAAAUAUUAUUAAAACAGAAUGCUUAAGACGCAAUUAUUUUCAUGCGUUAGAUAGAAAUAACAUUUUUUUAUCUGAAAAAAGUCAAAAAUUACUCAUGGAUGACAACAUUAAAAAAAAUAUAAAUAAAAAUUUCAUAAAAAUGAAUAACAUUAAUCGAAAUAUAAUAUAUGAUAAUGAUCUAUAUAAGUUUAAGAAAAAAAGAAAAGUGAAAAGUGAAAUGUUAGAAAAUAUUAUAGCACCUAAAAAUGAUAUUAUUCGAAUUGAAAAAAAAAAAGAUUUAAUCUAUUUUAAUAUUGAAGAUGAUGAAAAUGGAAAAGAAGCCAUUUCAGAAAAUUGUAAUAAUAUAAAUCAAACAACGCAAAAUUACAAUAUGAAAACUUCUGAAAAAAAAAAGGAUAAUAUAACAAAUAAUAAUACAAAGAAUAAUAUCAAACAAAAUACACCAAAAAACAAAAAUAGAAAUGUUAUUUUAUAUGAUAUCAAGAAAACAGAUUUAGAAAUAAAUGAUUUAAAUAAUACCAAAAAAGAAAAUUAUUUAUUCCAAAAUGAAGAAAAAAAUAAAAAAGAUAAUAAAAAUAGCAUUGAAAAAGGUGAAUGUUAUGAUAUAUAUAAUAAUAGAGGUGAUAUAUUUAAUUAUAAAAUUAACAAUUUUUCAAAAAAAAUUGAACCAAAAAAUUACAAUGUGAAUAGUAGUAUCACUAAUGAAGAUACAGACAAAAAAAAAAAUAUAAAUAAUGAUCAAUAUAUUAUUAAAAAAAAAGAAAAAAUUUUAAAAUCAGACGAUGCGAAUUUGAAAAAGAAUGAAAAUAAUUUAGGAUUAAAUCAAGAAAAAAGAAAAAUAGAUAAAUGUGUUAUUAAAAUAGAAGAAUCUAAUUUAAAAUCAAGUGAUGUACAUUUAAUUAAAAAUGAAAAUUAUUCAUAUUCAAAUAUAGAUGAAAACAUACUCAAAGAUGGUUGCAUGAAGAAAGCAGUAAAUUCUGAAAAUUUUAUUUUUCUUGAUUUUAAUCCUAUAGAAGAAGACUAUCUAGAAAUUAAAAAGACAUUAAAAAUUUACAGAAAGAAUUACAAUAUGUUAUACACAGAAAAAGAAAGUACUGAUCAUUAUUCUAAUUCUAGAGAGAGUUUAAAAGAAGCAUGUACAAAAAAGGAAAAAACGAAUAAUGUUAAUUUAGAACAAAUUAAAAAUUCUAAAUCAUUUUACAUGAAAGAAAAAUAUGAUGAUUUAAAAGAAACUCUACUAAAGAAAAAAAUAAAUAUAAUUAAUUAUGAUUUUGAAAAUAACUUAUGCUUUAUUUUAAUUAAAAAAAGUUCAACAUUAUAG